UGGAGGGAAGACCCAGAGAGCGGAAGUGUCUUUUUUACCGGAAGUGUCUGUGUGUUGUGAUGGAAGAGACGCAUGUGUAAAAAGUCGAUGCAUGAAGGCAACAGCUACGUUUGCUCCGAAACCCAUCUGCAAUAAAAGAUGACAGCCCAGGAGGUACGACUGUGUGGUCUUCUGAUGCGAGAGCAUUUCGGGGAGGUGGUGGAGAAAGUGGGAACACACCUGCUCAGAAGUGGUGGCCAACAUUUACGAGCCAUUGUUCAUGAAACUGGAGUCUCAGCGGACCUGGUAAAGAAGUCUUUAUGCGUGCUUAUGCAUCACGGAGCGUGUUCGUUCAUCUCUGGUCGAAAGGGACCCGGCAGCCCCCCAGAGUAUCAGGCAAGCUGCGAUUGCAUUCUGAGGAUUCUGCGAUACCCACGUUACAUCUACACCUCUAAAACCUUGUACGGUGACACCGGAGAGCUGAUCGUUGAGGAGCUGCUUCAGAGGGGUCACAUGACGAUGAGCGGCACGGUCAAGACAGUCGCUGACCGCCUCAGUCAGAACAUGGAGGAUGGGCAGAGCGUUGAUUACAGCGAAGUGUCGUCUGUCUUUUCUAAACUGGUGGAGACGCAUUUCCUGCAGCGCUGCCCUCCGUUGGACGGAGCAGGAAUGACAGCCAGCAGCACUCAAGCCGGCCCCAAUCCCACUGCAGCCGCCUCCAGCUCCACCCUGCCCAACCCAGAGAGUUUCUCCGAGUGCUAUAAGGUGCCUCAUGUGACCCUCGUCGGGCGGGGAAAGCGCCAGCUCGCCACCGAGGAGGGAGAAGAGCAAAGGAGCGCAAAAAGAGCCAAAAUGGAGCCAGAAACUCAUGGUGACGAGGGGAUCUACUGGCAGGUGAACUUUACGCGGUUUCAUCAGCACUUCAGAGACCAGGUGAUCAUCAGUGCCGUGGCCAGUAAACUGGAUCAGACCAGCAGUGAAAUAGUGAGGACCAUCCUUCGGAUGAGUGAGGUGACCACUUCGCCCACGGACUCCUGCACGAAGCCCCUCUCAGCCAAUGAGAUCUUUAGGUCCCUUCCUUCCAGUCACAACAUCCCCAGGCAGAUCCUGGACCAGUACCUGACUCUACUGGUGGAUGACCCGAUGGAGUUUGUGGGGAAAAUUGGCGAAAGUGGAGGAGGCAUGUUUGUCCUCAAUCUGCACCGAGCAUUAGCCAACCUGGCACGAGCCACGCUCGAGUCCAUCGUGCAGGAGAGAUUUGGCUCGCGAUCUGCUCGCAUCUUCCGCCUGUUGCUGCGGAAACGACACCUGGAACAGAAGCAGGUGGAGGAUUUUGCUAUGAUUCCGGCGAAGGAGGCUAAAGACAUGUUGUACACGCUGCUUUCACAGAACCUGGUCCAGCUACAGGAAAUCCCCAAAACCCCGGACUUUGCUCCCUCCCGCACCUUUUAUCUCUACACCGCCAACCAGCUCCCGACAGCGAGGAUGCUGCUGCAGAAAUGUUACAAGACGGUGUCCAACCUCGUAGAGCGACGCCUGUUCGAGACCAAAGAGAACAAGCGGCUCCUGGAGAAAUCCCAGCGAAUCGAAGCCAUCCUGGCAUCUCUGCAGGCCAGCGGGGCCGAAGCCGAGCAGCUGACCGAGGUGGAGGAGAUGAUCAGCGCUCCAGAGAAGCAGCAGCUGGAGGUUUUAAAGCUUCAUGUCAACAAGCUAGACUCAGCAGAGAACCAAGUAGAUGAAACCAUCUUCCUUCUGGAGUCCUACAUCAACUCCACGUGUUGAACUUCACGGCUGGGAUGUUUCUGUUAGAGAGAGAAUCUGAUUUUUUUUAUGCAUCAGUGUUGAAUAAACUGAACGACACUUGU